UCUUCGAAAAGAGGCUUCAUUGCAAAUAAAAACAUGGACAAGGAGGUGGUACAAGAUCGCAUAGUGAUUUGAAAGGUUGCUCGUGAAAACAAGCAAAAAUGCAAGACAAACAGUAGUAUUUUUUGCUCUGUUAAGAUACAUCAUCCAACACAGAGCUAGAUUUGAGCAAACGCCUGCCCAGUGUCGCAAAACCAGGCAUGUGAUUGAACGGCGGGGUUUGAAAACAUGAUGUAGGGGGCCUUUACCUGGCGCCUCUGCUUUGUCCUUAUUUCGAUUCUGCAGGGUGAUUGUUCUAUGCCAGUAGCUUAAGAAAAAUGCCGAGAUCGGACGAUGAUGGCAAGAUUAUAAGAUCGAAUUCAGAUGGUAAUGCAACGCAUGGUAGAUCACCAUAUGAUCAUGACAAUGGUAGCGGCAGAAAGAUCUCCCUGCCAAGAUGGACCAAGGGAAGUCAUGUUCGCCAGCCAUCAAAGGACAAGUUUGUUGUUGGCAGUGGGAGCGAGAGCAGCGGCUCAGAAAAAGAAUCUGAUUUGUUGGAUCAAGCAGAAGGUAUUGAUUGUGGAACAACUCCCCCUCGGCACAUCAGACGUUUGAAAGGGAAAUCGAAAUCAUGCAAGAAAGAUACAAAAGUACAAAGCAGUUUUCAUGUAAACAUUCCAAAAGAUAGACACAAAAUAGUGUACCAUUAUAAAAAAGAGCAGAAAAGAGCUGUAGUCUCGCAUGGUUUUGCUGAUCAGGAUGGUCAUUAUGAACAGAACCCUUUUUUACCAAGAAGAGUGCAAAGUAUUAGUAUUGCAUCAUCAAAUAGGUAUCGCAGUAUCAAAUCAGUUCCAGCCCUGCUUGACAAACAUGCUGAGGUAGCCCUGUCUUCAGAAGCUUCAAGCUCUAUUUCUCAAUCAAGAAGCUUUGGCAAAAUUUCUCAUGGCCAAGACUGCCCUCCUCAACGCCUUCAUUUUUUCAAAACUUUUCAGCUUCUUGUGAAGUUAGGUGACAAGCAUGGAAAAGGGGAAAGACGAAAAUCAAGUAUUAGUGUACCAAAUGAUGAAAAUGAGCAAAAUCAAAACUUACAGAUUCGGUUUGAUCAGGUGUUGUGGCUUGAACUUCAAGCAUGGCACUAUGGAAGAAAACUUGAAGAACAAGACAAUUACUUGCUUGAAGAGAGAAAGAACUUUGAUGAUAUUCUAGAUGAAGUAAUUAAUUUUCAUUUCCCAACUGCCUUGGAAAAAUUUGAAGCAAUGGUUUUAGAAAGCAUAAAGAAGCCAACAACCAGCACUUCUAAUUCAUCUCCAUUGGAACCCUCUAGUGCUUCAACAGCCCCCUCAGUGAGUCUGCCAUUCUUACCACAUGAUGUCAGCCAUGGCUGUUCUACCACUGAAGAUCACUUCACAGGGUCAAUUCAACGCAAGGCCAUGCAUAUAAUUAUAAUGCUGCUAAAGAAGGUAGAAGACGGCACUGCUUUGUAUCCAACAAGAAAGGCAUUGUCAGACAUGCAUCCAAAAUAUUCAGAUCCUAAAUUUAUUAGAAAUUUUGAAACUCUUAAUUUAUGGCUAAACAUUUGCAAGGAACUUUACCACAAACUUCAAAUUAUAGCUAGUUUGAUUGAUGUAGAUGUAGAUGACAACCAGACCUGGGAGGAUUGGUUUGAUCAUGGUCUUGGUUUAACAUGUAUCAAAACGCAUAAAACCUAUAAACAAAGAAAGCAGUCAUUUAGAGAUGACUCAUACCAAGAACUGCCAAGCAGUCACGAUGUCCCUUCUGGAGGGACAGCACCUAAUAGCCCUACUUCACCUCCUCCUGUUCACAAAAGAAGAUCUGUUCUAAAAGAGACAACUACAUCGCGGUAUAGAUCAUUUGUGGAAAAGAACAUUCGACAAAUUGGCUUGAAUGGCUUGUCAAGGAGAAUCAAGGCUGCUUUGCAUAAGACUUUAUGGAAAGCAAGGCAAGCUCUUGAGGUACCUGCUGAAGCACAUGAUUUGAUGGAAAGGCAGCAUAACUAUGGCAAAGUAAUUGAUUUGGUGAAUUUCCUUGAAAAGACCUCUAUUGAUGAUCCAAGCCAAAAGACUGUUUUAGAGUCAAUGGUUUUGCACCCUGAAGAUUUCAAAACUAAAGACACGCAAACCCAUGAUAGAGGAGUAUGGAGCCAAGAAUUUUCAGACAUGGGUCUUCCAUCAUUUCUUGAACUAUAUCUGUUUCUAACGAAAAUUGCCUUUGAUAUAUUACAUGAGAGCAUGCGGUAUCAUCUGGAUCACAGACCGAAAGGAGAUCCAUCAUCAAUGAGCAUCAAACAGCUUAUUAACGAGUGCAAAGAGGUCAUCAGCGGUGCAAUAAUUUGCAAAUACUACUAUCAAGAUAUGACAUUGUCAGCUUUAACUGCUGAUGAUAAAGUACGGAUUGAUUCUAUUGACAACGACAUCAAUGAGUUUGAAGAAGAUGUUCAGUCUAUGCUUUCAGUGUACUUUGACUAUUUGCAACACCUCUUCCAAAUUCUACAACGUCUUCCGGAAGCCAGUCGAAGCCUUAAAAACACGAUGGAAGACGAGUGGCAAUUUUCAAAGGAAAUUUGUCCACAUACCAAAGGGUUAGAGGCGCAAGCUGGUAGAAGAUUUUGCGUUCUGGCUACUGGUCUGUUAGAUUCAACUGCACACUUCCUCGAAUCAAGUUUAGACGAUUGCUUAUCAGAUCUUUUUGACAAAAUGGACAAAAGCUCUGAGAGGGCAAAGGACAUUUCCUUAGAAGUCUGCAGAAAUCACAAGAAGCUCUUUAACGAAAUCCGCGAGAGAGCUGCGAAGGCGCUCGGUUUUGCAAAAAUGCUGCAGAAAGAUCUCGGGAUAGCAGCAGAAUACAAAGUUGAAGUGAGCGUACAGAAAAUCUUUUCGUUGUUGAAAAAUUCAGGACACGUUAAGGUGGAUUGUAUAUCGUCGGAUAUACAGUACGAAGUCUACACCCAAAAACAACUUGCUGCAGAUAAAAGGCAAAUUCUGAGACUUCUCAAUGUGACUUGCGGCUUUGAAGACCCCGCAGAGGCUGGUAAUUCACACAGCGAUGGUUACAUCAUUCUUCUUAAUCUUACGGAGAACGAAGAUGAAACUGUGGAGGAGAAAGUGGAGUGGGAUGGAGACGUUGUUACUGUCAGCCCAACAGUUGAUGCAACGAUUGCACUUGCCAAUCUACAGGUUGAGGGUCUUAUGGUAAUAGCUUGCAACUCGUACCAGUUAUUCACGCAGAGGAUUGUUUUGCGGAGGUUGCUAGGCGACGCAAUUACCCUUGUAAACGAACAGACAUCCAGCCAUCAGACGAUUGCAGAGGCACUGCUAGAGUUUCGUAACUCAGCUGAGCAUCUUGCACAAGGAAUUCUUGAUUCAGUCCAAAAGACUCUAAAACCCCUGAAUUUGGAGAGCAUUUAUCGCAUGGAACAGAGUGAGAAAGCCCUUGUUCACAAAAACUACGUUGAAACGAUGCAUCUUUGUUUUAACACUGGCUUUGAGUAUUUGCGUGAAUUAGACAGACUGCUUGGUGGCCAGACCAAAAAUCUGUGUCCAUCCAUGAUGGAAUUCGCCAAGGAAUGGAUGGGCUUCGUUUGUAAUAACGUCGACAAAGGCCGCGGAAAGAAGCCUAGAUGGUCAACCACUGGGCUUGAAUUCAUUGUUGAUGCUUGUCACCCCAGGCAUCUAAGAGAUAUGGAAGAAAAUGAUUUCCAGGAGAUGAAGAAAGCGAUACAAAACUGCAUUACUCACAUUUAUGGCCACCCGGAACCUGCUCUCUCCCAAACAGGUGCUGCAAGUCCGGGUCAGAUGCAUCGUAUGAAAAGCCAUCCUGGAAGCCAUUCCCCACAGAAGCCUUCGAAAUCAAAGAGGAAAUCAAGUGGAGCGGAGAAUCGUGCUAAAUUCGAGUCACAUAAAAGCAUGUCAGAUUCAUUUGGGCCUGGUCAAGCUACUUUCUGUCCUAUUCAUAUUGGCUCAGAUUCAGAGUUUGACCUCUCGCCAAAUGCUGAAAAACACCAUAAGAAGUCAGAGCAACGCAAAUCUUCUCAAUUCGCAUCAUCGACAAUAUCACACUUGGAUCAAAUGGGUCGUGAAAUACGAAAAUUGGAGAAGAAGAGAAACGAUAUGCUGUUCCGUGAAAAAAUAAUUGGAAGAGUCAGUGACAGGAAGCCUGAUCUUGCUAGUGAUUUGGUUAACAUAAGCUCAAGGCGAGUCAAUUUCAAGUGGCAUAUGGGGAAUAAGAUAGGUGAAGGCCAAUUCGGCACUGUAUAUUCCUGCGUGAAUCAAGAUACAGGAAAGCUGAUUGCAAUGAAACAGAUUCAAUUCAACCCACACGACUACAGCUCAAUACAAGAUAUAGCGGAUGAAAUUACAAAUAUCCAAUCACUGCAACACGAAAGUCUAGUCGAAUAUUAUGGAGUAGAAGUUCACAAGAACGAAAUGUUGAUUUUCAUGGAGUACUGUGAAGAUGGAACUAUUGCAGAAGUCUCGAAAAUUGGAUUGCCCGAAGAAAUCAUUCGUGUAUACACGCAGCAAAUCGUAAAAGCAGUACGGUUUGUCCACGAGCACGGAAUAGUCCACAGAGAUAUAAAAGGUGCAAAUAUCUUUGUGUCUUCAAGUGGGCUGAUCAAGUUAGGUGAUUUUGGCUCAGCCGUUCGGCUAAGAGAUCCUUUUCAUACGUUGCAAGGAGAAGUGUGUAAAACAAGAGGAACGCCAGCUUUCAUGGCCCCAGAAGUUAUUAAUACUAAAGAAGUGGGCUAUGGCAGAGCAGCAGACAUCUGGAGCCUUGGAUGUGUCGUUAUUGAAAUGGUUACUGGCAAGACCCCAUGGGAAGGUUUCGAUUGGUUCGCGAUUAUUUACCGAGUAGGUGCAGGUGCUGUACCAGGAAUUCCAGAGAGCCUUAGUGACGAAGGAAAAGACUUUCUCAUGAACUGUUUCAAGCGUGAUCCAAAAGAUAGAUGGACAGCUGAGAUGCUGGAAGGGCAUCAUUUCGUGAUGUGCUGCUGAGGGAAUCCAGAAUUUUUUCCAUCCUGUUUGGGAAUAUCAUGUAAAGUGGUGAAAUUGUGGUGUUUAUUUUUUGGUGAAAACGACUGGUUUUAAUGGAAUAUGUGCAUGAUAUAUGCAGGCUGUAGGCUUUUUAGCAAAAGCGAUUUAAUUGAUAAUUAUUAUUUAAGAUAAAAUUUUUUACUGUAGUUAAGUGACCCCGUUUGCAAAAAAUUAUUUGGAUUUCUCUGACAUGCCAUCCUCCAUCUUUAAAGUUUUAAUGGUGUAAUCAAUACAUAUUUGAUUAAAUUAUGUG